AUGGAGUUGAGGUUUCAGUUUCAUAAACUUUGCCAGAUUGAAACCAGGAAAUGGCUUCUUGUUGUUGGAGCAGUGGCUGUUACUCAUAUUCUGUUUCAAUUUCUAUUGCUUCCUUAUGGAAAUGCUCUCAGGUCAUUAUUGCCCAAUAGUAGUGACCCAAUUUAUGAUAAAAGUAGCUUUCCAAUUAUACAAUCUUCCACUAAAUCUGUGAUGGUUAGGAAUCCUCUUACCGUUGAUACUUCCAGCUUGAGUAAAGAUUCCAUGCUUGUAAAAGAUGCUGGCUUGGUUGGUGGCAGUGGAGAUUUAAAGAGAAACAGAGAAGACACGGUGAAUGGUUUUGUGUCUGAUGAUGAAGAGUUGGACAAUCCUAUUGAGCUUGCAGUGGAUAAUGAUGGUUUUGUUUCUGAUGAAGAGGAUCUGGACAAUACUAUUGAAUUUGUUGUGGAUAGAAAUGUCGAUGAUGAUUUCCCAGAUAGUAAUGGGACUUCUACACUGCAAAUCAUCAAAAUUCAAGAAAGUAUUUCUUCUAGUUUGGAAUCGAUCACUGAAGCUGAACGUGACAAUGAAAUUUUGAUAAGCAAUAUUGUAAGUGGAGACACAACUCUUCCACAGAAAGAGUUAGGGCAUGCGAAUAUUAGUUUUAAAUCACCUCCAGCAGUAGCUCAGGCAUUAGCUUUGCCAAUAAAUGUCACUAAUUUGAGAUCAUCUGGAAAUUCCUCUCUUGGUUCUGCUAUACUGAAAAAUUCUUUUGCAACUUCAAAAAAUGUUUCUGCAAAACCAGUGAAGAAAAAGAUGAGGUGUGACAUGCCUCCAAAAUCAAUAACAUUGAUACAUGAGAUGAACCAAAUAUUAGUGCGACAUCGUCGAUCUUCACGUGCAACGAGACCAAGAUGGUCCUCCCAGCGUGACCGGGAGAUUUUGGCUGCAAGGAUGCAGAUUGAAAAUGCUCCUCAUGCAGUAAAUGAUCAAGAUCUUUAUGCUCCUCUGUUUCGAAAUAUUUCCAAGUUUAAAAGGAGUUAUGAACUCAUGGAGCGUACACUAAAGGUGUAUAUCUAUAAGGACGGAAAGAAACCUAUCUUUCACCUACCAAUUAUGAAGGGAUUGUAUGCCUCAGAAGGAUGGUUUAUGAAACUGAUGCAGGGAAACAAACAUUUUCUUGUAAAAGACCCUCGAAGGGCCCACUUGUUUUACAUGCCAUUUAGUUCACGAAUGCUGGAGUACACCCUUUAUGUGCGUAACUCUCAUAAUAGGACAAACCUACGCCAAUAUUUGAAGGACUACUCGGAGAAAAUUGCAGCAAAAUAUCCUUUCUGGAACAGAACUGAUGGAGCAGAUCAUUUUCUUGUAGCUUGCCAUGAUUGGGCCCCUUAUGAAACAAGGCACCACAUGGAACAUUGCAUCAAAGCCCUCUGCAAUGCUGAUGUCACCGCAGGAUUCAAAAUAGGGAGGGAUAUCUCCCUUCCUGAAACAUACGUCCGGUCAGCCAGAAAUCCUCUCAGAGAUCUUGGAGGAAAGCCGCCUUCUCAGAGGCACAUUCUUGCCUUCUAUGCUGGAAGUAUGCAUGGCUAUCUGCGACCAAUCUUGUUAAAAGUAGCAAGUACUGUAUCUGCCCCAAGGGUUAUGAGGUCAACAGCCCCAGAGUAG